CCAUUCUCAUGCCAAAGCCAAGCACUCUCUCAGUGUUUACACAAGUAGUGGUUGGUAAUCGCCGCGUUCAUUCCAUAUAUAAGUACACGAAGAGAAACCAAAAAAGGGAGAGAGAAGGCACAAUAUUUUCUUUCAUUGAUUCUUUGAUCUUCUCUCUACUGAGACGUAGCAAGCAAGAGAGAGAUCAUCAUCAGCGGGAGGUGAAGAGAUCGAUAUAUCGAUCGAUAUGGGGAGGAGUUGCGAGAUGGUGGUGGAAGAGAUGAAGCCGGUGGUCGUGAUGAUAAUCGUGCAGGUUGCCUAUGCGGGGGUCAACAUAGUCUAUAAGCUGGUGGCGAAUGACGGGAUGAAUCUCAGGCUCGUCGUGGCCUACCGCUUCCUCUUUGCUACAGCUUUCAUGGCCCCUUUUGCCUUCAUUCUCGAAAGGAAGAAAUGGCCGAAGAUAACAUGGAUGGUCCUUUUCCAAGCCUUUUGCUGCGGACUAUUCGGGGGCUCGCUUGGACAGAAUUUAUACCUGGAAAGCUUGGCCUUGACAUCGGCCACCUACGCUUCUGCAAUGGCUAAUCUGAUCCCCGCCAUGACUUUUAUUCUAGCAGUUUCACUAGGGUUGGAGAGACUAAAUUGGGGAACGCGUGCGGGAAAAGCUAAGGUGGUGGGGACAUUGCUUGGGAUAGGUGGGGCCAUGCUCCUGACGUUCUACAAGGGGGUCGAAGUUGAGAUUUGGUCGACCAAUGUGAACCUUUUGCAUAAUCAAAACGCCACUAUUUCAUCCCCAAAUCACACUGAAUCGAGCCGCCUCCUGUUGGGAUCUCUACUGGCUGUGUGCAGCUGCCUUUCCUAUGCUCUGUGGCUGAUCCUUCAGGCAAAAAUGGGAGAGGCGUACCCGUGUCAUUGCUCGAGCACAGCUCUGAUGUCGUUCAUGGCAUCAAUACAGGCGGUUGCUUUCGGAUUAUGUAUGGAGAGGGACUGGAAUCAGUGGAAGUUGGGGUGGAACAUUAGGCUCCUCACGGUUGCUUUCGCGGGGAUUAUCGGCACGGGACUGGGUGUGACCCUGAUUGCAUGGUGCGGACGUAAGAGAGGAGCCCUCUUCACUGCCGUCUUCAACCCUUUGAUGCUCGUGCUUGUGGCCAUUGCUGGCUCCUUGGUUCUCGACGAGAAACUCCACUUGGGAAGCAUAUUGGGAGCGGGGCUGAUUGUGUGCGGCCUAUACGUGGUGCUGUGGGGCAAAGGGAAGGAGAUGAAAAUGAUGAAUCAAUCGAUGCCGUCGAAAACUUCCCGAGGAUCCAAACCAGCCAUCUCCGUUGUCAUUACUUCUUCCAUGGACGAUAACGGCUUCGAAAAUAGCAACACUAACCGCAAUACCAUGCAUGGAUCAGCGCAUCACUAACUCAGGCAUCAACAAUCGAUGUUGAGCAGCACAAGUUACUAUAUGCAAUAACCAUCCGGAAUUGAGAAAAGCCGGAAACUCAUCCGUGGCAUUCUCUAUAGAUAGAUAUCCUCACAUAAUGUAUGCAUUGACUAGUCGAGGCCAUUGUCCUUUCAAUUCGCCUCAAAUGUACUUGCUGGCUUGUCGUUUUCUUUGUCCUCGUUUUCUCUUUUUUGUUUGUGUAUCUGUGAAUUUUGAUUCUCCGACAAGAAUCUAAUGCAAAAGAUUUGUGUUUCUAA